AUGUCUACCAUUGCAGGGGUUGUGAGUUUUCUCGACCAGGAAAAGUUUAGAAACACACAAGGAUUUCAAGAUGUUUCGUUUUUGAUUAAGGUUGAAAAAAGCGAGGAUGAAGAAAAGACUGCGGAACUAUGUUUUCUUGAUGGCGAUACGGUUACAGAAAUUCAAGUUCCUAAUGAUAUCGAAGUUGAAGAAAUUAACGAAUUAGAUCAGAAAAAGAUUAAAAACCCUUUCAAAAUUUAUGCUUUGAUUUCUGAACAAAAGAGAUAUACUAUUCAUAAUUUCAACAAACCUGAUACCCUCAAACAAUACGAAUUGGAAAAACGUAUUAACAAGGCUUUAAAUGUAAUUAUUAACCUUGAUGAUUAA